GAUUGUGUAAAAUGUACGCAGAAACCCAGAUAACUGUUACAGGUUUGCUGAUGGUAGAGUUUCAAUAGUCUAGGUACUGUGGCAGUUAACUGCUAGUAGGCGUGACUAGGUCCUGCUCCUGGACUGACAGGCUAACUUACCUAAACGGGCGUGUGUUUGUCCCCAUUGUAAAGCAAAGCCAGGUGCCCAAGUGAAUGGAAUAGUUACACGUUCCGGAAUGCCAACGAGAACAGAACAGGCAUGGCUAUGAAGACCACCCUGCUCUUUGUGUUGCUGGGCUGCUGUGGAGUGUGGGCUGCUUCAGGUGCCUGCUCCAGUAGAUCCCUGGAACUGAACAACCUCAAUCAGUCCCAUUAUAAACCGGACCCAAGCCGGGACACUGGGAUCACAGUGUUAUCAGACAUGGUCCACUCCUUCCUGGGCAUGGUCCAGCCCAACCCCUUCCCCACAGAACUCCUUACAGAAGCAAUAAAAGAUGUCUCUACAAUCAUCCAGGAAGACUCACUGAGAAUGGUGCUGAAGUAUGAGGCUGGCUUCCUGGUCUGUGCUGCCAUCGGGAUCCUCUUCAUCCUGCUCAUGCCUCUGAUUGGUUUCUUCUUCUGUUGCUGCCGUUGCUGUGGUAACUGUGGUGGGAGGAUGUACCAAAAACAGUCCAAGAAGACAAGCUGCAAGAGGAGAGGGCUGUAUUGGUCCCUGAUGUUGAUCACCAUUGUCAUACUAGCGGGGAAUAUCUGUAUGUUCAUCAGCAACGACAAGUUUACAAAGGCUAUCAACAACAGCACUGAGCUCCUCAACGACACCCUGGACAACAUGAAGACUUUCCUGAGCGAGAUACCUCAGCAAAUCAAUGCCGUGGUUAAGGAGAGCUCAAAGCCCUUGGAUGAAGUCAGCAGGAGCUUGAAUGAUAUUGGCCCCUUGCUUGGGGGGGAGAUCCUGCAGGCCCUGGGGGGCCCCAUGUACAGCGCCCUGGACUCGCUCCUACUCGUCAGCCAAGAGGUUACCUCCAUUGGGGAGGAGCUGAUGAGCGUGAACUCCACAACAGAGCACUUGAAGCAAAAACAGCAAGAGAUUGUGAAAAACCUGACAGCCAUUCGGAAUCGCAUAGAGCAAACACUGAAGAAUCCGAAUUGUUCAGGCUGUGAUCUAUCGGUGGGCAGUUUAGACAAACUAACUGUCCAUGUGGAUUUCAGUGGGAUGCCUGACUUGAGUUCCCCAAUGGAUGCCAUCAGCAAAGUGAAGGAUGCUAACCUGAGUGCCAUAGUAAAUGAGGCUAACAAGACCUUGAACAGCAUUCCAGAGAGAGUGAGCAAUGAGACCAGAGGGGUGGUGGCAGACGUGAAGAAACAACUCAAGGGUAUUGAGGAACAAAUUGGGCAAAUUGCCCAAAACAUUCCUUUGGACCAGCUCACAGACGUGACUAAGCAGCUGGACACUGUAAUGGGCGACCUGCACACGUAUCUUCCAGGGGUUUCCCAGGCAGAUAAGUACAGGUGGAUUGCAGGGCUCAUCCUGAGCUGCCUGGUCCUGCUGGCGGUUGUGUGUAACAGUCUGGGGCUCCUCUUAGGGCCCGCUGGGCUCAGACCCAGCGCUGACCCCACUGAGCGAUCGUGCACUGCAGACUGCGGGGGUGUCUUCUUCAUGGCGGGGGUUGGCUUCAGCUUUCUUUACUCCUGGCUGCUCAUGCUGUUGGUUCUGCUGAUGUUCCUGCUGGGAGGGAAUGUCUACACGCUGGUCUGCAAGCCCUGGAGCAACCAGCAGCUUUUAAAGUUCAUCGACACCCCAGGUGUGAUCAAGGGGUUCAACCUGUCUCACAUGCUCGGGGUGAACACCCAUUUGGAAAUCUCUCAGAUUUACAGUGAUUGUAAGAACAAUGACCCUAUAUGGAGUACCCUGCACCUGGAAGACUUGGUUAAUCUGGAUGAGCUUCUAAAUAUUAGUAAAUACACAGGAGACAUCCAAGCCGCCUUCGACAAUACCAGCAUCCAGCUUCCUGAGAUCAACUUGCUGAACAACGACUCGCUCAGCCUGCUGCAGGACUUCUCCUCCUCCGGAAUUCAUGGGAUCAACUUCACUGCCAUUGAGCAGCAGGUUAACCAGAAUUUGACCAGUCCGGACAUCGACUCCUUUGCAGAUCGUUUGGAUCAACUUGCAGUGAAUCAAAAUCAAACGAUAAAGGGAGAACUCAUGGCAGAGGCAGCAGACCUGAGGAAUCUCAGCAGACAUAUUCCAGGGGAACUCCAGCCACAAGUGGAAACCCUGAAAAACAGUGUUGAACCUCUGAAGGUCUCCAUUGCCCAGAUUCCAAUCACUAUAAAUGCCACUCUUGCAAAGGUCAAGGAAGCACAGAAGGUCUUAAACACCAACACUUCAGAAAUUAUCAAAAAGGAAAGUCAAGAAUUCCUGAAUUGUCAGAUAGGAUAUUUUGAGACGUACGCUGACUGGGCCAAGCAAACAAUCACACAGAAGGUAGCUUGCUGUAAACCUGCUGCUAACGCCAUCGACGCCGUGGAGAUCAUCGCCUGUGCUUACAUCGUAGAUUCCCUGAACGCUUUCUGGUUCAGCAUGGGGUGGUGUCUGAUGUUCCUGCUUCCCAGCAUCAUCCUGUCUGUGAAACUGGCCAAAUUCUACAGGAGGAUGAAAUAUAUGGAUGUGUAUGAGUGAGUGAGAGAUGCCGCCUUCUAGACCUCUCCUAUAAUGCAUAUGGACUCCAUUCCCAUGUUCAGCAUUCCUAGGGCAGCGAUGAAGAGCUAGAGGAAGAGGCCAGCUGGAGCCGGGCUUGCAUCCUCGUACCUGCUCAUCUCACCCAGCUUUACGAGAGCUGCAUCCUGCAAACAGGCAGCCCCUCAGCAGGCAGUCAUUCUGUGUGUUAAACCCAUGAUUAUCCCCAACAAUGAAGCACAGCAGUUUCUCUCUACGUUUCCAGACCACGUGUAAUUAUAAUGUUUUUUUUUAUGUAACUUCCACUAGAUGUCAGUAUGUCAUAAUGUAGGCCAUGCUGCUGUGCAAAAAAACAAGCCCUGAUAUGAAGGGGUCCGUUUUCCAAGAGGAGUCCCUGGAAAAACACAUUUAUUCAACUUUCAUUUGUAACAGCAGCAGCAAGGACGGGCGUUAAGUUAUUACGAUGUAGGCCCGCUCCUCAAAACCCGUAGAAUCUUGUAGUUUUCACCAAGUUCCAUUGCUUGCUGAAUCUGUUUUUUUUCCACAGUAGCAUUGCUAAGUGUGCCUUUGUCUUUGUAACAGCCCUGUACAGUACUAUGCAGCGUUGAAGUCCAUAUUCUUGUUGUCAGAGUCAAUGGGAUUUUUGUCUGUGAUUAACAAAGCCCCAGAACAACCAUUGUGAGGCUCUGGAGACAGGAAUAAGGGACAUGGCUCAGGGAAUUCUACUGUCCUGGUGUAUUGCUUCAGACUAGAGAGCUCAAUGCUCCUAAUAUAGAAUCGAACACAAUGUUUUUAUUCUUUUUAAAUUAUUAUCUUGAUGUGGUGUGCUUUCUUCUGUUGAAAUCAGUCAUUCCUUUAUAUAUAUAUAUAUAUAUAUAUAUAUAUAUAUAUAUAUAAUUACUCCAGUGGCCAAUGAAAGUGUCAUACCCUUCUGGGAUACUGUGCAGUGCAGACAGAACCCACGUUCCACCCAGCCAGCAGCUGUUUUCUGUGAAUCUAGCACCUGAUUUCUUGUAUUAAAAAUUGUAAAUGCA